AUGAGUUUAAUACCAUCAUUAGGUUUUAUUGGCGGAGGGAAAGCAGCACAAGUUAUUGCUAAAGGGUUUUUAUCCGCUGGAGUUAUCAAGGCAAAUGAAAUCUUCGCCAGUGCUCCGUCUGAAAGAGACUUGACCCAGUUUCGCACCAUGGGCUGUAACGUGAGUAACGAUAAUAAGUGGGUAAUGAAAGAAAGUAAUUUUGUGUUCCUCGCAAUAAAGGCCAAAGUUUUCCCUGAUGUUUUCAAAGAAAUUUCUCCUGUGGCAACGAGAAAUCAUUUAUUGGCAUCCAUUGCGGCUGGAGUUACCUUGGAUUAUAUGCAAAAUUCCUUGCCGGGAAGAAGUCGGAUUGUUCGAAUGAUGUUGAACACCCCAGUGCAGUUUCGCGAAGGAGUCACCGCUCUAACAUUCGGUAAAUUUGCCCGUGAAGAAGAUUACACCCUUGUACACCAGCUGAUGUCUUCUGUGGGAUAUAGCUUUGAUGUUGACGAAGAACUGAUGGAUGUGAUGACUGCUCUAACCGGUGGUGGGCCAGCCUACCUGUACAUGGCGAUCGAAGCUUUAGCGGACGGCGCUGUUCGGGCCGGAUUAAAUCGCCAAGAAGCCAUGAAAUUAGCGGCUAAAACGUGUGCUGGAGCAGCAAAAAUGGUGUUAGAAAGUGGACAACAUCCAGGAGAACUGAAAGAUGCUGUGUGUUCUGCAGGGGGUUCAACUAUAGCUGGAAUAAACGCUCUCGAAGAAAGUGGUUUUCGAGGAGCUUUGAUGAAAGCUGUUCACGCCGCCACCGAACGCGCUAAAGAACUCGGAAAAAACGGCACACGGUGA